AUGCCCGGCGCGUACCAUCCCGGAGGGACCCAUGGGUUUCCUCAUAAACGUAAACGGAGUGGACCCAAGAGCAAGAGCAGUCCGUACCUGGGCGUGACGCAGUAUAAGAGAACGGGUCGUUUCGAAGCCCACAUAUGGAUCUUCGAGGCACGUGGCGCCAAGGGGCACCAGCGGCACCUGGGCUCCUACGAUAGCGCCGAGGCGGCGGCCCGCUGCUACGACCGCGCCGCGCUGCACCUGCGCGGCCCCUCCGCCGAGCUCAACUUCCCGCUGCGCGAGUACGAGGAGGACCCCUUCAUGCUCGCCCACAGCAAGGCCGACCGCGCGCGCUUCCUGGACCUGCUGCGCGCCGACGCGCACCAGCAAAUGCUCUCGCUGCUGGCGCUGGGCCCCGACGGCCUGUUCGAUGCCUCCCCCGGCCGCCCGCUCAGCGUGGAGCCCCUGGCGCCACGCCCCCUCCGCGGGCACGGCUGGGAGGCGUCCGCCCUCAACUCGCGCGCCGCCUCGCCCUGCCACUCCGCGGCGGCCCCGUCCUCGGACCUGUACGCCUGUCACGCCGAGGCCUCCUCCCAGCUCCGCCUCCAAGACGCAUACGGCGAGGAGGCGUAUGCGCACGCCGGCGAGGUCGGCGGGUGGGCCGCGCAGGCCCACCCCGCCGCCGCGGCGUGCGACCCAUGGCACGCGCGGGCAGUGGGGCUGCGUGCCGCCGCUGCCCCGCGCCUGAGCCCCAUGGCGGCCGUGGCGGAGGAGCUGCGGGCCCUGCAGCACCUGGCCUGCCCCGCCACCGACGCCGCCGCCAUCCUGCCCAGCACCGUGGACCUGGCCUGGUCGGCGGCGGACGCGGAGGAGGUGGGCAGCCCCCUCAUCAUGCUGGACGACGGCGGGGUGGGCGCUGGCUGGGACCUGGGGGUGUACUGA